CAUUUGUGCCCAUCUUUCGUUUUCUCCCUCGUCCUCACUGCCCGCAACGAUGCCAAGGGCUCGUUCUCUUCGCUCUCUAGCCAUCAACCCGCGUCCGUCGGUAUCCUCCGGUCCACCGUCGCCCACUUUCACAGAGACUACAAAUGCGUCUGCCAUGAAUUUCGGUCCCAAUGGACCCGAUAAGAUUGUCACCAGAGGUGAUCUCAAAGCGAGCGUACACGCAUACGGAGAGCUACUGAGCAAGAGCGCCGCUUAUCGGCAAGCACUCCUGGCUAUGUCAAGAGCUACCGCGCAGUUUGCGGAUGCUAUGGAGGCCUGUGCAGGUCUGAAAGGCCCUACCUACGAGGCUGGUACACGUCUUCAAGCCGCAUCCGGGUUGCAUCACCUCAUGAGCAAUCACUGGCAUGUACUGGCGGAUACACUCGACAAGCAAUACGAGAAACCACUGCGUCAGCAUUUAGAAACCUACCGUUCCAUCGUUACAGAACGCUCCAAUGCUUACGAGAAGGCUCUUCGAGAAAAGAGUCGUGUUAUCCGACAGAUAGAGAGGGAGAAUAUGCAGAGGAAGGGCCGGAACUUGCAGACGUUCCGAGAGGCUCUGGCUAUACUUCAGCGACAAGUCGACGACCUCGACGACCUCAGAGCGCAGCACUAUCAAGAAAUCGCGGAGCAUGAGGAGCAAGUUUGGGAUACCGUUCAAGGCAAAACCUGCCUCGUUUUGAGGUCCACGCUCGAUGUUUUUGACAGACUAACCUCCAAAGCGUCUGACCCGAUCAUCGAGCCUAUGCUGCAAGCAGUUCCAGAUCCAUUCGAUUCGUACGGCCCCCCGCCUGACGAAGAUAAAAUUUUCUCAAUUCUUCCACCCUUGUCUGUCAUGGCAAACACACCAUCUGCCACUCCGAGUCCUCUCACAUCGACUCCCGACCUUGAGGGCAGUAGUGAUGGCAAGAGCUCCUGGACCAACGCGGGCGGCUUCUUUCCAGAAACCGCUGCAGCAUGGACUCAUGUUCCUUCGACGCCUCCAAUGUCACCAAGUUCAUCAGCGGCCACUGUCUCACCUUCUGUUUCACCACCCGCCGUCAGCCGGCGACACUCCGUUCCGUUUACAUCCUCUCUGCCUGCGCACUCCCACCGCAAGUCGGAGUCGAAGCUGCGAAGUGUCCUCGCGGUCAUCGAUGAGAGUCGCUCGCAACACCUUAACGGAGAAAGCGGGGAUGCUACUCCAGUCGUCAGAAGCACCACCGAAGCCAUAACAGUUGAGGCACGUGUGAACGGUGCGAAUGAUCGUCAUGAUCCAGAAUCAUCCUGGGGGCCGACGCGACAGUCCGAUCCACCAGACCUACGGGAUGACGUUACGCCCAGAGGUUCUGUACGCAUUCCGUCGUCAUCUCCGUCACCUCCAGCCCCGGACGCUCCCUUCCAAGACCGAGUGCUACUCAGCCCACGAUCUGACCUGACAGCUUCACCCUCCUUGUGAGCCUGACCUUCUUGGACAAUCUGUAUGCUUUCUUUGUAGGGUCGUCUCAAAUCUCACGACCACCACUUCCGGCCGAUAUGUA